AUGUUGACUAUUUCUGCUUUUCACGGCGCCUUGAAGACUUCAAUGACUGAAAAAGAAAAGUUGAAGUUGAAUAUGAGCCCAAUGUCUUCGAUCGAUGAGUUUCUUCUUGCUCUUAGUGAAAGAGAGAGAAUUGAGAUCACAUUUACUCAAGUGGCAGAGUUUGUUUUCUGCUUUUUAUGGAAAGAUUUAGAUAGCGCAAUCUAA